CGUCAGUCAAAGUUAACGGAGGUUAACGGAGAGUGACCAAACUUGAAAUGUUCAACUAAUUAGAGUGACUACAAAUGGAAUAAAUUAAUUUGAGUGGCAAACGUGAAAUUUUAUAGCAAUUCGAGUGACCAAACUUGCAAUUAAGCCCACACAAUUUGGUUCAGUUAGAUGAUAAAAUAGGCAUAUCACUACCUUUCAGGCCUGUUGAAUUGCCCGGCCCAUGAUUGGCUAAGUUGUUGACUGGGCCUAACACUACCUUUCAGGCCUGUUGAAUUGCCCGGCCCAUGAUUGGAUUCCAGCCUGGCCCACGAUCAUUUCCCCCGCCGAUCAGCCUUCUUAUCUUCACCAUUCACUUGGCAUUUGCCGACAACUUCCAUUAUUUCUCUUCUACUACCCUCCGUCUCGGGUUUCCUUGGCCAGUAGAUGGAGACGAAGAAGACUCGGAAAAUCGCGAGCACGGAGCUGGGAAUCGACGCCACCGACAGGCUCAGCUCUUUGCCGGACGAAGUCAUCUCCCAAAUCCUCUCUUUCCUGCAAACCAAGUACGCCGUCGGGACCGCCGUCCUCAGCCGACGCUGGAAGGAUCUCUGGACUAGGGUUUCGAAUCUCGAUCUCGACAAUGAAUUGAUAUACCAGCCAGCGCCAGGUAACAUUGCUUUCCAGAGCUUGCCGUUGGAUGAACAAGAGAAAUAUAAAGAGGGUAGUUUACCCGCGCUGGAGGUUUUAGGGAGGAGACUCUUGGAAUUCUCCCGCUUCGUCGAAAGGGUCCUGAGCCAUCACAAGGAUCUAAAUUCUGUGAGGCGUUUCCGAUUCCAUUGUUCAAUAGGGGUUCGUGAAGGGGAAUUGAGGCCUGGGUUUUGGUUUACGAGGGAAUGGGUGUUUGGUCAUCUGCUUGAGGAGAUCGACAUAGUGAUUGAAGGGCAGAUUGCUGGAGUCGGUGGACGCUACCUUCCACAGAACUUCUACACUUUGAAGAAUCUGAGAGUUGUGAAGCUUAAAGGGGUUAUACUGAGUUCAGCAAAAGCGUCCAUUUUCCUUCCUUUCCUUCCUAGUGCGAAGAUCUUGCAGCUUCGGAACGUGGUCUUUCCGGACUUCGAGUCCUUGAGCUGUCUCAUUUCUGGCUGCCCUGUUCUAGAGACGGCAAUUCUGGAGGGUUGCUUUGUGCCGCACAAUGAGCAAAACAUUCUCAUGGUUUCCUUACCAUACCUGAAGACCUUGAAGAUGAUUGAAUUUGGCAACACCUGUAUGUGUCCCAUCGUAAUCGAAGCACCAAAUCUUGAAGAGCUUCAUCUCGAGGAGUUUGCAGAGAUAAAGUUUGUGGGUAGUAGUACAUUGUCAUGCCUUCAUUCUGCACAUGUUGAUGUUGGUCGGUGUGACGGCUGCUCGAAUCAUGUACUUUAUGGGAUCCUCCAACAAAUUUGCAAUGCGAAGAAAAUGUUCCUGUCUGGGAAAACUAUGAAUCUUCUGCGAGUCAGCAAUCAUUUGCCACUGCCUAUCUUUCCGAAGUUGACACAUUUGACGAUCGGAAAUGGAGGGCGCAGUCGGAGUUUGCACUCCUUUCUCAACUCAGCAUCCAAACUACAAUCUCUCAUUAACUUGGGGAUCCCUUUUUGGAACAUGGAGUGGGGGGUAUUGGAAACCUCUCGGACUCCCGAGUGUUUGUUAUCGAGUCUCGAGGAAAUAGAGAUCAAGGAUCUUGUAGCACAUGAAGACCAUAGGAAACUGAUAGCGUAUCUACUCAAUGCUGGAGCUGUCCUGAAGAAGAUGGAUAUUCAUAUAAAGGAGUAUAUUCUUAACAUUAAAAAACGCGAAUUUUUUGCGUCACUGCUAAAACUGCAGAGAGGGUCGAGCCAUUGUGAAGCUCGUGUUUUACUUGCCAACAACGAAGAGAUCCGCAUCAGUAGCGACAAUGAGACUGGUAUUGACUAAAAAAUUGGAUGACUGACUUUGACGACAUUGAUGUCACGAUCCACAACGAGGUUGAUGGGGAGGAGGAGACUCUGAAAGCAUGGUGGUGGGCAGGAUUCAGCCUCUGAGUAAACUGAUGAUUUGCAUAUUCUUACCCUAGUGGCCAAGAGUUUUAUUCUGAUGAUUAUUGAUAUGGAUUCAAAAUCAUAGGAUAAUUGUGGAUUCGUGUUCCCUUUUUGGAGUGGUUUGUUUGGAUGCAUAUAAGACUUUGUGGAGGAGAGAUUACACUCGUGUCUAGAUUGCUUCCUGCUUCAUUUUUUCUCCUUGGUUUUUGUGUGUUCUUAGCCGUGUGUUGUAAAAUCGUGUAUACAGGCUUUAGUGGUAUGGAAGUAUGUAACGGAUGAACAAUGGUUAAAUCACGAUUUUAAUAUAAGAAUUCCUACCCUGAUUUUUUUUUUUUUUUUGUGUUAUUGCUUCAGGUUAUGGUUUUUUCUGCUAUAACUUCAGUUACGGUUUUAUAAUCAUUGGUUAUUAACUUAUUACAACUUGUACAUCCAAGCAUUUUCAUGAACCUUACAUCGAUUAUGAUCAAGCUGUUAUUAGUAAUAUUUUCAGAAUUUUUUCGUGGAGUCAAACAUUGCAAGUUUUUGCUCAUAGUGAUCCUUCAAUAGUUGUUUUUUUUAUGACUAAUGCAUGUGUCGUCAAGCUAAAUCUUGCAAGUUUUUUCACAAUUACCUUUCAAUAAUCUCUUAUGAAUUAUGGACAUCUUCUAUACUUUAUCGAUGUAAGAUUUGAUAUCCCCCAAUAAUAUAUAGUACACUUUUGUGUACUUUCCUCUAUUUCAAAUUUCCUGCAACGAGAGUGAAAGUAGGAAGGACAUUUUUGUCUUUAUAAUUAUUUAUCUCACAUUAUUAAAAAUAUCAACAUCAGGAUUUGAACUAGGGUCUCUUCAAACAAAGACAAUAAUCACAACCAUUUACACUGAACAAAUUUGUUGUGUUAUUUUGAAUAUAAAAUAUACACGAAGUUCAACUCUCUGAAAAUCGCAGGACUUUCCAUCAUGAUUAGCAAGCCAAGUAAGUAUACCGUAUGUAUUCUUAUGGUGCUUGAUACUUCAAUUUUCAUAGUAGAGUUUCAUGUCAUUUUCUCAAUUUUAAAAUUCUUUCUCUCUCCUUAAUUUUUGCUAAAGGUAAAUUGAUAAUUGGCUACCAUGGAAAAAACUAAUUUUGUCACUACGUGUGUGUCUUUGCAUUUUUCAAUUAAAUUUUGUGAUUUUUAUCUUUGUUUUUAUCUCUUUCUAACUUCCUCGAAAAUUUCCUUCAUCGUACGAUAGUUUGCACCCCUUUCACUUCCCAGUACAAGGCCGCCUUUGAAAAUCGAUCAUCCGGUAUCUCUUGGCACGCGAUUUUAUUGUUGGGGAUUCAAGUUGGGAAAGUAAAAGAGUUUAAUCAAUAAUGGAGUUGCAGAAGGAGGAUUCGAAAUUGAAUUUACGGUUGAAAUAUAUGUCUCUACUCUCUUGAGAUAAAAAUUUGGUUGUACAACAAAGAGUGGUGGCUAUUGGAUUUUUAUGUUUAUGAUUUUUACAUCUAUCGCAACCUAUUUCUAUCUUAAAACGAGGAAUCAUUGAUUGAUUUAUUGAAGUAGGUCGAUUCUUUAUUCAACCUACUGGAACUGAUAGACAAGGAGUGUGUCAUUUUGUGCAUUAUUACUUUGAUUGAGUCUAUUAGUAUGUUGGAGAUAACCCCAAUUUUGUCGUUUGCUCUCAAGUUUUGAUGGUCCCCUCUUAGCUGAGUUGUUAGUAUAUAGUUGGCUUGAAUCAACAACUCUCCAUUUCUUUUUGAUUAGUGGCAUAUUGUUCAUUAAUGGAGCACAUUAAAUCCUUAUGUAGGAUUGUGAGGUGAUUUAGUUUCAAACUAUCUAAUGGUCAUUUGGAAUUUCACUGAGCUUUUAUACCCUCUUUCUUGACAAUCAACUAACCAAUAGUAU